CAAGCAGGACCCCUGGCUCGGUGGAUUCCCUUUUAAAACUCCUGGCAGAUAUCACAGAUAAUAACCUGUCAUGAAGCUGGUCGCUGUGCUCCUGCUGGUGACCAUUGGCAUAUGCAGUUACUCUGCUACGGCCUUCCUCAUCAACAAGGUGCCACUUCCUGUCAAGGAUGCCUUACCUUUACCUCUGGACACCAUCCUCACCCUGGAUCCCUUCAAGCUGCUUCUGAAAACUCUGGGCAUUUCUGUUGAGCACCUUGUGGAAGGGCUAAGACAGAGUGUGAAUGGGCUGACCCCAGAGGCCGCUGAGGCCGUGAAGAAACUGCUGGACGCCCUAUCACAUUUGGUGUGACGGCAGGACAAAGCGAGAAUAGAAGGAGGAUUGUGGUCUCCUCCUCCCUGGCUGAAGCUCGCUCCAUCCUAAAACGUUGUGACUCCUGGAAAGAAUGAAUAAAGCGAUGAAUAGA